AUGACUGCUGUUUUGGUCCUCAUAUUACUGUUUACGUCAGGCAGAGUGGGGGGAGUUUUCCACUGACGAACACACACAACUCAACCACAGCUGAUCCCACUGUACUGUACGUGCAAAGAGAGCUAAGAAAAAGGACGUCGGUGCUAUCUUGAUAACUUUUCAAGCAUCGUAUGGUCGUCUUUCCCCCCCAUGGUACACGGAUACACAAUCACUGGAUCGCCAUGGCUACAUCGCAGCGUGGGGGUUUAAAGAGGAAAUAUGGUUUCCCAGAUGAGGAUGCCAUUUACUCUUCCUCAUCCCCCUCAUCACACUCUGAAUGGGACACUGAUGAAGAGAACCCCCAAAGUGAUAGUGUGAACUUUGGGCCUGCUGGUUCUUUCUCUUCAAGACAUCACAUGUCAAUGUCAUCCAUCCUUAAGAAGACAAAAGAUACUCAAUCCAAAGGCAGUGUUCGGUUUGGCCUGGUUACAGUGUUCCUUUUCCAGCGCUGUCAAGGUUUCAGCAGUGUGCCCAGUCAUGGUGGCUGCACACUGGGCAUGGUUAGACGGCACGCUGCCCGCCAGCAGUUCACCCUGGAGGAGCACGCGGAGGAGCAGCUGCGCUUGCGAAUGGAGAGGCUCCGUGAGCAACACCAAGAGGAGAGGCUGGAGGCAAUGAGACAGAAGCUGAUUAUCGGUGGGACUCUCACAGUGACCGAAGCAGCCAGGCUGACAGUGAACGACGUCCCAGAUGAGGAUGCUGAUCUCAGUAGCACAGAGCUGAAAGACUUAGGAUCCCUCCGUCUCUACUCUUCCAAACAGAGACGUGAAUUACUGAGAGCAGCAGGGGUUGUGCGAAUCGACCGGGAGGAGAAGAGGCAGCUGAAGGAUCUGCGGCGGUGGAGGGAAGACUGUGGAUGCCACUGCCAGGGCUUCUGUGAGCCGGAGACCUGUGCCUGCAGCCAGGCUGGCAUCCAGUGCCAAAUGGAUCGCUCCAACUUUCCUUGUGGAUGUUCAAAGGAAUGUUGUGGGAAUCCCGCAGGCCGAAUUGAGUUCAACCCCAGUCAUGUACAGAGCCACUACAUCCACACACACAUGAAGCUGGAGCUGGAAAAGAGGCUGCACGAUGACAGCAGACUAACUGCCACUGAGCAACAAUCAGUGGAGAGGAACAGAGCCAUUACAUUUCCUGUAGAAAACGACUCUCCCUCAUUUCUCCUGAGCUCAGAGCUCUGCAGGCAGGGGGACAACAGCUGGAGCAGUGACAUGACUGACACCUCCUGCGCUUCUUCUCUGAGUCUGGACUCUGAGACGGAUGGAGGACCUUCCUCAGAGCGACCCACACUGGACAUGGACAGCAGAGGACUCACUCACAUUCUCACUUUUUCCAAUUCUGAUGGAGAAGGAUGUCCAUACAUUAAAGAGUAUUAUCUGUCCACAGAAGCUUCUGGUGGCACAUCCACGAAGGAAAGCAACUCCGGUACAUCUCAAGUGGAGUAUCUGGAUGAAAAUGGUAAUCAGGCCACCAGGGAAUGUGUAGACGAUCCAUUUGAUAUCCCUAAUACACCAUCUGCAUCUCCAGAUCACACUAUGAACUGUUACAUGGACCUCAGUCUGUCCUCAGGCUCUGACCUGGUCUUUUUUGACACUUUUCAUGAGUACGGUCUAAGCUGCAAUCAUUUGAAAGUGUGCAGUCAUCUGGACUACAUGUCACCGCUCCAGUUCCCCUGCUGUCCCAGUCCCACUCUAACUGAGGACUCAGGAGUCAGUCUUCUGGAGUCUCUUGUAGGAAUUUCUUAAUGGGGAUCAGAGCGACUCUGAUUUUUACUGAUGUUUUAAAAUCAAAGGAGCAUUGUUCAUUUGCAGUUGUACAGUAUCAUUAAAUCUCAUUUACUAUGAGAAAAAUGGUAAAUAACUUUGAAAUUUAAGGAUAUUUCUUAAAAUUAUAUUCAAGGAUAUUAAG